UCAUCUUCCAGGAAGUUGCAAGAGGCCUUCUAGUUGCAGACUACUUCUUUCUCUCUCUUCAGUAAAAUAUAUAAAUCCAUGGAUGUAAAGGUCAUUUCCACCGGAAUCCGGUAUGCAAGCCUCCCAGAAAGCUACGUCCGGCCGGUGUCCGAAAGGCCGAAACUCUCCGAAGUGGUUGACUGCGAAAAUAUUCCGGUCAUUGACUUGGCCUGUGGAAAUAGAGCCCUCACAAUUCAACAAAUUGCCCUUGCAUGUAGUCAAUUUGGCUUUUUCCAGGUAAUAAAUCAUGGAGUUUCGACAGAAGCAGUGGAGAAAAUGCUGGAGGCGGCCGACGAGUUCUUCCAGUUGCCGGUGGAAGAGAAGAUGAAGCUGUACUCCGAUGACCCAUCAAAGACGACGAGGCUGUCAACUAGUUUCAAUGUGAAGAAAGAGAAGGUUCACAAUUGGAGAGACUAUCUUAGACUCCAUUGCCAUCCUUUGGAACAGUACGUGCCAGAGUGGCCUUCCAAUCCCUCUUCAUUCAAGGAUUUUGCAAGUAACUACAGCAUAGAAGUUCGAAAACUAGGGUUUCGAUUGCAGGAACUAAUAUCGGAAAGCUUAGGCCUCGAUAAGGACUGUGUCAAGAAUAUUUUGGGGGAACAAGGACAACAUAUGGCCGUGAACUACUAUCCGCCGUGUCCAGAACCAGAGUUGACUUAUGGAUUGCCGGCACAUACCGACCCUAAUGCCCUUACCAUUCUCCUUCUGGACCAACAAGUAGCAGGCCUUCAAGUGCUCAAGGAUGGGAAAUGGGUAGCUGUCAAACCUUAUCCAGAUGCUUUUGUCAUUAACCUCGGCGAUCAAAUACAGGCACUGAGUAAUGGGAGGUACAAGAGUGUGUGGCACCGCGCAAUCGUCAAUGCUGAUAAAGCAAGGAUGUCAGUGGCUUCUUUCCUUUGCCCGUGUAAUGAAGCCGUAAUCAGCUCUCCGGGGAAUCUGACAGACAAUGGAUCGGGAGCCAUAUACCGAAGUUUUACCUAUGCAGAGUAUUACAAGAAGUUUUGGAGCAGGAACUUGGACCAAGAACAUUGCUUGGAACUUUUCAAGAAUUAAAAUGGUCCUUUCAAGAGUUGUGGUAAGAAUUGUUUUCCUACUAUUGUUGUCAAUGUCUCCUUGUCUAACGUUUGCUAUAUGUUUGUGUGUGUUGUGGUACAUUAGGGUCAUGGAAUUAUUUUCGAAAUAAUCACAGUGGUUACAUUUUCAUAAAAUAAAAAAUUCCAUUUUCAUAAAAUAAAAGCGUGACAUAUAGGUACAAGUGACAAUGAUAAGUAGAAUUGGUUUUAAUGUAUUAUCAUCGAAGGUUGGAACUUCGAUUUUCAGUUCAUGCAUGUUUUAUGGUACAUUUCGAAGAAUAAUGAACAAUGUUGUAGAUUAACCUCAUUUCAUCGAUGUAAUUUGUGGCUCAAGAUAUAUUUCAUAUUUAUGAGAUGGUUGAUGCUUGAAA